GCGAGAGGGGGUUGAGGUAAAAGAAAACAAACGAGAGCAGGCCGCUCUUUUUGGCUUUUCUCUUUAAUACCGAAAUGGAUUCCCUGAGGCGCGGAGUCACCAGCAGCUAAUCGCGCGUUGCCGCUCCAGUAUCAGUUCGGCUCUGUCUCGUCCGUGCUCGCCUCAGUCGCAGUCGCGCAGCUCGCGCACGAUCGGUGCGCGUGUGUCAUUCCUUCGCCGCGGAGUUAAGCGCGCACCUCGCGCUUUAUUACCAUCCAGUGCAGCCGCUGCAAGGGCAAUUCUCCUCGCCUCUUCUCGCCUUGUUUACACCUAACACCUACACCCCGGUGGAUUCUUCCUCUUCGUUUUCGAAUAAAAGGUUGGUUGUGAUAUGCUGUUAACGGUAGCUCUGGAAGUUGUAGCGGCGACGCUUUUCACGCUUUUAGUUUUAACCACGAGCUAUUGGCCACCUUGGAUAUUUUGGAGUCGAAGAUCGCGGAAAACAUCAGAUACAUCGGAUAACAUGUUGAGGAAAAAGUAUAAAACGGUUCAAGAUGUACCAGGACCACUUUCUUUGCCAAUACUUGGCACUUCCUGGAUAUUUUUUAAAUUCGGUCCAUAUCAUAUAGAUAAAGUUCACGAAGCAUACAAAGAUAUGAAGAUGCGCUUUGGACCAUUGUGCAAGCAGGAGUCGUACUGGAAUUGGCCGAUCGUUUCGGUAUUUACACGUUGCGACAUUGAGGCAAUACUAAGGCGCGCUAGCAAAUAUCCCUUGAGGCCCCCCCAGGAGGUUAUCUCGCAUUACCGACAGACGAGGACCGAUCGCUACGUUACUCUGGGGCUCGUUAAUGAGCAAGGCGUAACGUGGCAGAAAUUGCGGACUUCCCUGACGCCGGAACUAAUGGGGGCCAAAACCAUCCUAGGUUUUUUUCCCGCACUCAACGGCGUGACCGACGACUUCAUCGAUCUGAUACGGAGUCGAAGAACCGGAUGCAGCGUGAUCGGAUUCGAGGAACUCGCUUACAGAAUGGGCCUCGAGAGUACAUGUAUGCUGAUGCUCGGGAGACACUUAGGAUUCCUAAAGCCAGACUCUGUCAGUACAUUAACAAGUAGACUAGCGGAAGCAGUUAGAACGCACUUUUUGGCCUCGAGAGACGCUUUUUACGGUUUCCCUAUGUGGAAACUAUAUGCCACAUCUGCUUAUAAAAAUUUAACAGACAGCGAAGAAACUAUUUACAAUAUAAUUUCGGAUUUAAUUGACACAACGUUAAAAGAACAACAAGAAAGCGCGAAAGAUGAGAGUAUCGAGGCAGUUUUUCUAUCAAUUUUAAGGGAAAAGGCAUUAGACAUUCGUGACAAGAGGGCUGCUAUCGUAGAUUUCAUCGCUGCAGGCAUUCACACAGUGGGUAAUACAUUAGUAUUUUUACUCCAUACGGCUGGUAAAAAUAAAAAAAUCCAAGACCGCCUGCGUGAAGAAGCAGAUUCCUUGGCGCCUCCACACUGCGAUAUCAAUACGGAAGAUUUGAAAAAUGCAAAGUACAUUCGAGCUUUCAUCACAGAGGUAUUCAGAUUGUUACCAACGGCACCGUGUAUCGCUCGGAUUUUAGAGGAGUCCGUCGAAGUCAGCGGCUACCACCUCAAAGCAGGCACAGUGGUGUUGUUGCAUACAUGGAUAUCCGGACUGGACGAAGCGAAUUUCAAAGAUGCCGAUAAGUGCAUACCGGAGAGGUGGUUGAAUGCUGAGAAUUAUGAGCCUCACUCACCGUUUCUUGUCGCGCCCUUUGGCUUCGGUCGGCGAAUCUGUCCGGGAAAACGAUUUGUUGAGCAAGCCCUACAGCUUAUGGUUGCCAAGAUUAUCCGCGAAUUCGAAAUAGUUGCGGAUGAGGAGAUGGUCUUACAGUUCGAGUACAUAAUGGCCCCAAAGGGUCCAGUGACGCUCGCCUUCCGCGAUCGCGUCGAUGCAACGUGAAAGGGCAAGUUCUAUGUUUUAUGAGAUUAAUUGUCAUAAACAAAGAGGGCACAAAAAGAGAUAGAAAAAAGAGAAAUCCAAACACUAGAGAAUGAAACAACGAAAGAGGUAGGGAACGAGAGAGUGCAAGUAAUGAGAGAAGGAAGGGGCCAAGAAAGUGUGAAAGAGAAAGAAGAAACAGAGAAAGUGAGGUUUCUUGAAAACUGCUCAACGGAUCGUCUGGGAGAAGUCGAGAAAUUCUAAAGAGUGUGAAUCUUCACCAUCUGGCUUUCAUUCAUUUCUACCUUUUUUACACGAUACUUAUUUAUAAAAGCAUUUGUUUUUCA